CCUCACCAACUGCUAUAGGUAUGAGAAAGAAGGUAACUCGCACACAAAUAAUGAAUUUAAAAUUUGAUGAGUGUCCUUGGAGAGUGUCCUUGUCCACUGAGAGAGCGGAGGCGCAUGCGCCUCAGGUAAGCACAAUGGACAAUGAAAUUUAUUGCAAUACGCGCUCACAACAUCACCGCCACCCCUACCAACAACACCACCAUCCCACCAUUCACUUGCCUGCGUCACCAUCACCACUACACAUCUGUUGCCGCUCACACCUGCCGUCUACACCACUACCACUACCCACCUGCCGGUGCCACCACUACCCACCUGCUGUCGCCACCACCACUACUAACCUGCUGCCACCACCACCAGUGCCCACCUGCCAGUGCCACCAACCAUCACAACUACCAUACCACCACUCGCCUACCACUGAGGUCUCCAAAUCUACAACACCUGCGACUACUGUUGGCAGCUGUGGUGGCGCCCCUGGGGAAACUCUUGGUCUCUGCUGAGGAUGGACGUGACGGACACCCCGGCGGAGGUGGAGCCGAUGUCCCCUGACCCAAUGUCAGGGACGAAGUUCACUGUGGUGGACUAUGGGGUGUUCGGGCUGCUGCUGGUGGUGUCGGCGGGUAUCGGGGUGUACAGUGCCUUGAGAGGCCGCGGCGUCAGCUCCACCCAGCAGUACCUGCUCGGGGGACGCCACAUGCCCGUCCUCCCCGUGGCACUCUCGCUCCUCGGGGGAGCUAUAUCCGCGAUAUCAAUACUUGGUAGCGCUACGGAGAUCUACUUCUACGGUACACAGCUAACGAUGAGCCUGUUUGGAUUCAUAUUUGGCGUCCUGAUGAUCAGGAACAUUAUACUGCCGGUCCUGUACCCUCUCCAUCUCGUCUCCAUAUUUGAGUACAUAGAGAUGCGGUUCCAGUCACGAACGCUGCACAAGAUGGUGACAGUAAUGCAGCUACUGGCAUCGUUCGUGUACUCUGGGAUAUGCCUGUACGCGCCUUCCAUCACCCUAUCCUCCGUCACCAGCCUCCCCAUCUGGGCCUCCAUCGUCACAAUGGGUCUCAUCUGCUCCUUCUACACUACCAUUGGCGGAGUGAAGGCGGUGGUGUACACAGACGUGGUACAGACGCUGCUGAUGUUCGGUGGCGUGUUAGUGGUGUCCGUGAUCUGCUGCCUGGACUUGGGCGGCCCCGCAGGCGUCUGGGAUAUCGCUGACCAAGGAGGACGCAUUGAGUUCUUCAAUAUGGACCCGAGCCCCUUCGUGCGUCACACUUUCUGGUCGACGCAGGUGUUGGGGGCAUACUUGGCCCUGAGUGUGGCUGGCGUCAACCAGCCACAGUUCCAGAGGUUCAUCUCCGUCAAGAGUCUCCAGCUCUCCCAGUCCUUGUGCAUGUUGUUCAUAGUGGGUUCGUUGAUGCUGUGGAGUGUCUUCUAUAUCUCCGGCCUCGUCGCUUAUGCCGUGUAUAGCGACUGUGAUCCGCUCACCUCGGGAAGAAUUGAAAAGCCUGACCAGAUCAUGCCUUACCUGGUGGCGGACAAGCUGAGGCACCUGAAGGGUAUGUCUGGCCUGUUUGUGGCCGCGGUGUAUGGCGGCGCCCUCAGUUCGCUGUCAUCAUAUGGGAACGCAAUAGCUUGCAUGAUCUGGGUGGACUUCCUCAAGGACAGACCAAACUUCAAGAACAUCAGCAAUCGCAACUCCACCAAUAUUAUCAAACUCUUGUCAACCAUGACGGGAGUGGUGGCCAUAUUCUUGGGGCUGCUGGUGGGCAAUCUGGGCACCAUCUUCCACGUGACGAAUGCCCUGAUAAGUGUCGUUAAGGGCCCCCUCAUCGGCAUAUUCUUGGCGGGUAUCUGUGCUCCAUGGGUCAGUAAAAAGGGCGCCGCAGUGGGCUUCAUCCUGGCCACUGUGUUCAGCGUGUGGCAGAUGGUUGGCAAGUUUAUUAAAGGUGGUGGCAGCCCAGAGAAACUGCCCCUCUCCACUUUCAGCUGUCCAGAGAGUCUACAAAAUAAUACACUGGGCGUCAGCCUCAACAACACCCUCUUCACCGCCAUCGACUCCGUCUUAGGCAGCCUCAACAACACACGCAAUCUCGCACCUAAGAGCUCCGGCCACAGCAUAUAUGACAUAUCCUACUGCUACACCGGCGUCAUCGGCAUCCUCAAUACCUUAAUCUUCAGCUCCAUCGUCUCGUUCAUUACAGGUCCAGUGGCGCCAGAGGAGGUGGACCCGCGAGUGGUGAACGCGACCUGCUUGCGUCUCUACCAGCGACUGUGGGGGCUGGCAGUGGGCAAGUCCACCCACCAGCCCCACAGUGUCUUCACGCCAGCAGAGAGCAAGGCUCAAGUACACGGGCUCUCCACGCUCCAGGACACUGACCAGGUCCAGGACCAGACCACUGAUCAGGCCUACAACCCGGACACUGACCAGGCCCACAACAAGGCCAGUGACCAGGCCCACAACAAGGCCAGUGACCAGGCCCACAACAAGGCCAGUGACCAGGCCCACAACAAGGCCAGUGACCAGGCCCACAACAAGGCCAGUGACCAGGCCCACAACAAGGCCAGUGACCAGGCCCACAACAAGGCCAGUGACCAGGCCCACAACAAGGCCAGUGACCAGGCCCACAACAAGGCCAGUGACCAGGCCCACAACAAGGCCAGUGACCAGGCCCACAACAAGGCCAGUGACUAGGCCCACAACAAGGCCAGUGACCAGGCCCACAACAAGGCCAGUGACCAGGCCCACAACAAGGCCAGUGACCAGGCCCACAACAAGGCCAGUGACCAGGCCCACAACAAGGCCAGUGACCAGGCCCACAACAAGGCCAGUGACCAGGCCCACAACAAGGCCAGUGACCAGGCCCACAACAAGGCCAGUGACCAGGCCCACAACAAGGCCAGUGACCAGGCCCACAACAAGGCCAGUGACCAGGUCCAGAACCAGGCCAUUGACCAGGUCCAGAACCAGGCCAUUGACCAGAUCCAGAACCAGGCCACUGACCAGGUCCAGAACCAGGCCAGUGACCAGGUCCAGAACCAGGCCAGCCACUGACCAGGUCCAGAACCAGGCCACUGACCAGGUCCAGAACCAGGCCACUGACCAGGUCCAGAACCAGGCCACUGACCAGGUCCAGAACCAGGCCACUGACCAGGUCCAGAACCAGGCCACUGUCCAGGUCCAGAACCAGGCCACUCACCAGGUCCAGAACCAGGCCACUGACCAGGUCUAGAAGCAGGCCACUGACCAGGUCCAGAACCAGGCCACUGACCAGGUCUAGAACCAGGCCACUGACCAGGUCUAAAACCAGGUCACUGACCAGGUCUAAAACCAGGUCCAGAACCAGGCCACUGACCAGGUCCAGAACUAGGCCACUGACCAGGUUCAGAACCAUACCAGAGACUAUUUACAGUACAAUACCAGUAACCAGGUCAUAGACUAUUUUUAGGACCAGGUCAGUGACCAGGUUCAGACUACUGUCCAGGUCCAGGACCAGACUGCUGUCCAGGUCCAGACUGCUGUCCAGGACCAAACUACUGUCCAGGUCAAGAACCAGGUCCAGGACCAGACUAUUGUCCAGGUCCAGGACCAGACUACAGUCCAGGUCAAGGACCAGGUCUAGGCCCAGGACCAGGCUACUGUCCAGGUCCAGGACCAGACCACUGACCAGGUCAGACAGCCAGCCAGGGCUCCAGGCACCAUAGCGUAUCCAGUACUAUACCACUUGCUAGACCACGGGCUGUGGUGAGCCCAUAGUGGACUUACCUGGCUUAGGAGAGGGGCUGUAACUGCCGCUGAUUGAUUGAUUGAUGAAGAUUAAGCCACCCAAGAAAUGGCAUGGGCAUGAAUAGCCCGUAAAGUACUGCUGGAGAAAUCUAUACAUUUAUAAGUGUGGGUACACCUCACUCUACGAAUCGUCUACCCGUCCAAUCGUCCCCCUCCCCCAAUCGUCGGGAGCGGCGAAGGGGGGAGUGAGGUGAUAGAGUGAAUAGUGAAUGAGUGAAUAGAGUGAGGUGAUUGGUGCCUGCCUCUGACUUCUAGCAGUAUGCCAGAUCUUCCCUUCCCUCUGGAACAAUGGAGGACCAUCGAACAGUUGUAUAUUCGAAGUCGAGUUCACCUGGAUGUUGAUUACAGGUGUCAGCUCCCAAAUGAACGCAGCCUCAAGUAUAAGAAGCCUCCUACGAUCGUCGUGGCGCGUGAUUACUGUCGUAUAUUUCACUGUCUUGGCUAUUUUGAAUGGUGUUGUGGUGUUCAAAUAAAAAUUGAAAGAUUUA